AUGUCUUACGAUGCACUCCUGUUCCCGGGGCUUCCAGAUCUUCAAGCCCAAAAUAUUUCGCUGCUGAUAUUGAUCAAUGUCUUGCUCAUGAAAUACUCACAUCUGAACCAAGCCGCAAUAGUAGAUGCCCUUCGCGGCCAAACACUACCAAUUCCUAAUCUUCAUAAUUUCUUCCGUGUUUGGCCUAAUCCUCAAGGUCAACUCAACCGCCACCAUGAGCACGUUACGCCAAUCGUCAAUCGAGCGGUUGAGCGCAUGGCUAUGGCAUAUCCGUUGAUCGCCUGUCGAAAAAAGGACAACAUUGCUUCUCUGGCUUGUUCACUAUAUCCCCAAGCUCGUAGGCGGCAGAUCGAAGCUUUGACUCUCUAUACGACGUGGCUCGUUUGCUGGGAUGAUGCUGUUGACGCUAACGAGGGCGAUCUGGCGGGUGACUUUAUGCGCGCAGAGCGUUGGAGGGGGCAGACUAUGCGCAUGGUGCGUGAGGCAUUGGCCGUUGACGAAAGGAAUACGAGUGAAGCGGAUGACGACCCCAUCAAUGGCGUGUUUAGAGAGUUCGGUGCGCGAUUCUGUCAGACGGCGCCGAGGGAUCAACGGCGCCUCUUACACGAUGAGAUCCAAUUCUUCAUCAACAGCUGCGCAGCUGAGCAGGAACUCCGUUUGGCCAGUCGGAUACCUGAUUAUGGGCCGUACAUGAAGAUGAGGAUCGGCACUGUCGGUGGGAGAAUGCUCUGCAGUCUUGUACCAUAUGCAACCGACGAGAGGCUUCCAGGAGCGUUAUCGUCAGCUCCAGAGAUCGUUCAUUUAUGGACACAAGUGAGCAUUCUCCAGAGCUUGAUGAAUGAUAUGCUGUCGCUGAAGAAGGAGUUGCGGACUGACUGUGUCAUCAAUGCCGUUGCAGCCAUCAUGGAGCCUGGCAUGAGCUUGGAUGUUGUGGUUGCUAAGCUGGAAGAAAGGAUGAAAAUGGCAGUCAACAACUUCGAUGAUGCAGCGAAUAUAUUAACAUCACCCAGAUACAACAUACACAAACUCAUAGAAGAAGACGGGUCGUUAAAAAUUACACUCUAA